AUGCCUUCACCCAAUCCCUCUUCACCUCCCCAUCCGUCCCCACAGACCACCGCAGACCCAGACCGUCGCCAUCACCGCAGUCAUAACCGCCACCGACACCACCGAGACAGCUCGCGCUCGCGCUCCCCACACCGAUCUCACCGACACCACCGAGAUCGCCACCGGCAUCGUCAUGACCGAGACCGUGAGCGCGAUCGAGACCGUCAUGGAAGACGGGACAAAGAACCCGCGAAACCCACGGAGCCCGUGAUCCUCCCGCUCCAAGCUCGCGAGUUGUCCAGACGCGACUUGCAAGUCUACGAGCCUAUGUUUGCCAUGUACUUGGAUAUCCAGAAGGGAAUCUUUCUUGAAGACCUAACGGAGGAAGAGGUGAAGGGGCGAUGGAAAAGCUUUGUGGGAAAAUGGAACCGUGGAGAACUCGCCGAGGGCUGGUACGACCCUGCUACGCUGGACAAGGCACGCAAGAGCGCCGCCGAACAGCCGAUGCCGGGUCCGAGCAGAGGUCGAGCCGCAUCUUCUGAUUAUACAAAGGGCGGUACGGAGGCCCCGGAACGCCCAGCGGGCGAGGAUGACGAGGACGAAGAUUACGGACCGGCUCUCCCACAUUCUGGGUUGGAAGGUCGAUAUGGACGGGGUGCACCACAUUCUGGUCCUACGAUCCCAAACAUGCAAGAUCUUGAGCUGAAGAGAGUUGCAGAAUCCGCUAUGGAAGACGCCAUUGCCGCACGCGACGAGUCACGACAACAGCUCCGCGCCGAAAUACGCUCGCACAGAUCCGCUGUGCGCAACCUAGAAGAUGAGGUUGCACCUCGCGCCGAACCCGGAACACGGGAGAGGCAGCUCGAGAAGCGCAGGGAACUGGCUGCUGCCAACAAGUCAUUUGCCGAGGCUCGUGGCGGGUCACCCGAAGGUGCGCGGGACGAAGAGCUCAUGGGCGCGGGGGACAAUGAUCUGGCUUCGUUGAGAAAAGAGAAAGAGAACGAGAAGCGGAAGAAGAAUGAGCGAGAGAUCCGGCGAGAGGAAAUCCUUCGAGCUCGCGCGGCAGAGCGGGAAGAACGGGUGCAGAAGUAUCGCGAGAAGGAACAGGAGACUAUGUCCUGGCUUCAGACAUUGGCGAAGCAGCGGUUUGGUUGA